CGUUUCUUCUUCUCCACUAUUGACUUGGAGAGAAGUGAACGUCGCAAAGAAAAGGACUAAAUAGAAGAAAGAAGCAGACACAACAACAUUACCCCCAAAAGCUGCCUCUGGAGCAGUGAAGUGUCUUCAUGGCAGUUCGUAGAGGACACAUAAAGUACAUGAAAGCUGAUCUGCAGGAGGCGUUUGACAUGUCGAACGGUUACGAAGAGCACAUGGGAGGGGACGAGGGGAAGGACUCCAAGACCAACCUGAUCGUGAACUACCUGCCUCAGAGCAUGUCGCAGGACGAGCUGCGGAGCCUCUUCAGCAGCAUCGGAGAGGUGGAGUCCGCCAAGCUGAUUCGAGACAAAGUCGCAGGUAUGCUACUCUCUGAAGUGAUAAGACCUGUGACAGACCAGAGGGACCGUUAUCACUUAAAGAGAAUAUUGGCCCAUGACUCGCAUUUUUCCAACUCUUCUCAGUUUUCUCCGAUGGGCGUUGAUCACAUGAGCGGCGUGGGGAACGUCAAUGUGCCCGGGAACUCCAACUCCGGCUGGUGCAUCUUCAUCUACAACCUGGGCCAGGACGCGGACGAGAGCAUCCUCUGGCAGAUGUUCGGCCCGUUCGGCGCCGUCACCAACGUCAAGGUGAUCCGAGACUUCAACACCAACAAGUGCAAGGGCUUCGGCUUCGUCACCAUGUCCAACUACGAGGAGGCGGCCAUGGCCAUCGCCAGCCUGAACGGCUACCGGCUCGGAGACAAGAUGCUGCAAGUGUCCUUUAAGACCAGCAAGGGCCACAAGUAAAGAGAGCGGGACAAUCGGGUGUAGAGGAGGGAUGGAGGAGACCUGCAGAGAGCAGAAGUACGCAUUUUCAAAGUCUGGCACAUCUGUUUGGUUUUUAGUGUAUUCAGAGAUGUUCACUCUUCUGCACCUUUGUACUUGUCUAAAAGAGUGUUGAGGCUUUUUGUUUCUCAUCUUUUUAUACUCAUGCUAGAGGCUUGAGAGACACUCAGUAGUUUUAAUGUUUAGUGGGGGGGUGGAGAGGGUCAAAUCCCAUGAUUCCCCCGGAUAACUUUUUGAAAAUUAUCUAAAAAUACUGUCCGUAUCUGUUGCAUGUUUAACUGUGGGGACUAGAUAAAGGAGGCCGGCUAAUGGUUCUGAGCACUGCACACAAAAAAUAAGGAAGGUCGCACAAAUUGUUCUCAAAGUGUUGACAUGUUUGUGGAUG